GAAAAUCCUUCAGUCAUAAGAUCAUUCACUAUGUCAAAAUAACCUCAUAAAGAGACAUGUAAACAAAUAGAUACCAAGAUUCCCCGCACACGCAAGGGAUUGGCAACAGUGUGAGAUCAGUCAUGUCUCUUGAUGAUGAAGACAGUACCUGGCUACUAGCCUUAGAAUCGGCGCUACAUGAGGGCGCUGAUGACCAUGAACUCAUAGGUAUCACAAGAGGUCGGAUUUUGCCAGAGGAACACCGAGCUGAGAUCUGGUAUAUAUGUUUGGGGGGAGGCAAUAAAUUCAGCAACUUUGCACAAUUUGAUGAAAUAUUUGAUUUACAAGACCAGAGUGUUGUUAGAGCAGACGUCAAAUCGCUUGUGGAUAAAUUAGGAAAUGAGGAAGAAGACAAGGUAUCUAUUGUGUGCGAUGUGGAGUCUAUAUUUACGCACUACUGCAAAACACGACACUUGAAAUAUGACACAUCUCAGCUCUGGGGCGACAUUGUGUUGCCGCUCCUGGCUGCAAAGAUGCCUAGAGACCACAUAUAUGUUGCUUUGAGGAAAUUUUAGAAAAAAUAUAUACCAAGGGAAUCCGGCCUGGGUGGCUCUGUAUACCACUUGCUUCGGUUGAUCCUCCUCUACCAUGACCCAGAGCUGUCCACGUUCCUUGACUCGCGCAAGAUCACCCCAGACCUCUAUGCCACCUCGUGGAUGCGGAGUCUGUUCUCCUCAGUGUGUAGUCUGGAUGCCACGAUGGCGGUGUGGGACAUCUACUUCCAGGAGAGAGACCCGUUCUUCAUCCUCUUCCUUGCUCUAGUCAUUUUAGUCAAUGCGAGGGACCAGGUUUUGGAGAUGAAAAGCGAGACGCGUGAUCAAAUAAUAACCAUGUUGAGUGGCAUCCCCGGUGGACUCAGUGUUGAUGACGUGUCGGACUUCUGCUCCUUGGCCAGAUAUUAUAUAAUUAAGACUCCGCACACCUUCAGGAAAGAUUUCACAACAGCAAUAGUGUGCAAUAGAGUGGGUGAUCUCCCCCUUUCACAGGCGCUUUGCUUGCCUGUCAGUGCAGAGGAGAUAAUCGAUACUUGUGAUAUGUUGCAAGUUGCUGGUGACGACAUUGAACAGGUGCGGUUCUUCUUGGUGGACUGCCGGCCCUCAGAUCAAUAUAAUGCCGGUCAUCUUCCAAACGCCUUUCACCUCGACUCUAGCCUGAUGCUCCAGCACCCAGCUUCCUUCCAAACUGCCGUCCAGGGUCUCUUUAUGGCCCAGCGUCAGGCCGUUGCCUCGGAGACCCCUGGCUGCGGCCAACACCUCUGCUUCAUUGGCUCAGGGCGUGAACAGGAGGACCAGUAUGUGCACAUGGUUGUGGCUUCCUUCCUACAGCGCAAUAGCCAGUAUGUCAGCCUGGCCAAGGGAGGAUACCAUGCCAUCCACGACCUGCUUGUUCACAAUAUCAGCGAGAGCCUAGCAGACCACGACUCCAAACGGUGCUUAGUCUGUGCGCCAGAUAGCCAGUCCCACUCCUCAGAGCCUGCCGAUCAAGAAGACUUCACCAUUACCACCAAACCCCAGCCAUCACUCAUGAACAAGUUUUCGUCUCUGUCAUCAGUCUUCAAGAUGAGG